AUGCCGAUCAUUGGACCCUUCGACCACUCACACCGCGAGACGACCAAUGAACGAUGGAAAGGCGGUGAUUACUCAGCAUCUCUGGAUAAGACUUUUUCCGUGGUCAUGGCUGUCUGUGGGGUAUGGGGAAAAGUGUCGAUGAUGAAUUUGGAAAUUCGGAUUUACGUCAAAUUUUGUAUGGGGAAGGAACAACGACUUCAAGACAUCCAAUUGCACUAG